GCUUCUCGUGGGCUCGAGUGUGCAUGAUGUUCCUUGCGCGGUUGAAAACACCCUCCCACGAAAGAGCGAAAGAGGAAGUAGCAGGCCUCUGCACAAUGCUUGCAUGCAAACAUUUCCCACAAUUGGUGGAAAGAGAAACCAAUAUGUCGUUUGUGCAUUUACUGUAAUGUCAUCAAACCGCUACGAUCUAUUCAUUUGAUUCGAAUUAUGCACCAAAUGAUUUUUGUCAUCUUAUUUUCCUUUGUGUACGAAUCCAAUAUUUUUUGGGGCAGACAUUUUUAGGAAAAUAAUUCAUUUGACAUGAAACUGUUUUCCAUUUUUCGUCUCUUUGAAUACCGUAAUUUCCGGACUAUAAGUCGCGUUUUUUUUUCAUAGUUUGGGUGGGGGGGCGACUUAUACUCAGGAGCGACUUAUAUACAUAUAUAUCAAAGUCAAAAGUCAAAGUCUGCUUUAUUGUCAACAUCUUCACAUGCCGAGACACACAAAGACAUCGAAAUGACGUUUUCCCUAUCCCACGGUGACAAGACAUAUUACACGAUAGACACACAAGUAAACAACAAGAAGGCACAAACAAUAAAUAAAAGUAACAAUAAAUAAUAAAUAAAUAGAUAACACAACGAAUAAAAGGUUUUGGUCAUCUUAUUUUCCUUUGUGUACGAAUCCAAUAUUUAAAUAUGUUUUUUUUUCUCUUUUUUGGGGCAUUUUAUGGCUGGUGCGACAUACUCCGGUGCGACUUAUAGUCCGAAAAUUACGGUACAUAUUUUUUGUGACACUUUCUUUCAAGUGUCGGAAACUAUUUGGACCUUUUCUCAACGUAAGGAUGGGUGCAGGCGUACUUAGUGAAGUGGCCUCCUUUACGUAAGCCAAGCCGCUGUUAACGUGGGACUCGGAGCCACACAAUUAUCUCCAUGCAUAUUUCAGAGCCGCGUAUCUGUUACCGACCACACCUGAACGUAACGGAAGAGGGAGGUCACAAAAGGGGGAUUAGUGAAGAGUCGAGAAGAAAGCCACAGUGCCGUGAAGUGUUUCGAUUCAAGAGGUUGACCUUCUCUCUCGCUCAUCAGGUGGGAGCUCUUCCUCUCUGACUAAAUAGAUGGAUCAACAGGAAUCGACAACCCGAAUAUGGACGUGAAGGUCCAAACAAGAAGUUCACCGCACUGGUCGUCGUCAGAGCUUUCUUCUGACUUGAAGAGCAUCUCCUCCUUGGUCUCGCCCACGGUGGUCACGCUCCUGCCUCAGUCUUCAUCCUUGUCACCGCUGCCGCCAACUUUACGACCCGUGGACGAGGGCUCCAUAGGCCUCGCGCUCGCCAAAGAGCCCCCGAGUGAAGAACCAGCUACUCAUCAAGCGUGUUGUUCUCGCGAGCUGCUGCUCAUCGUGAGCGUGUCCGUCGCCGUCAAACUUGUCAUCGCCUUGGCUCUCUUAGUCAAGUUUCUACUUUAUCCAUCCUCGUCGCCUCCUUGUGGCGUGAAGGGGAACUGCAGCACUCCGACCCAACAGCCGUCCCUGUCCAAGAACCCCGUCAGCAGCCACAUCGUCAACAUCACGGCAGAAUGCCCGGGCGUGGUCGGCGACGGCAGGCGCAUCGUCGGGGGUACGCUGGCGGCGGCGGACGGGUGGCGCUGGCAGGCCAGCUUGCACUGGAGAGGGAAGCACGUUUGCGGGGGCGCCGUCGUUUCGCCGUGCUGGGUCGUCACGGCGGCUCACUGCUUUGUCGAAAAUGACAUGCUGGAGGUGGCUGACUGGCUGGCGGUGGUCUCCACCGUCAGCAUCGCCGACGACUCCCUGGGGAAACGCUACCGAGCCCUCCAGGUCCUCCACCACCCUCUCUACGACACCCGCAGCAACGAUUACGACAUCGGCCUCCUGCGCACCGUCGUUGACAUCGAUAUGGACGGUGGGGUGCGCCCCGUUUGUUUGCCCCAUCCCGACGACUCCUUCCUUAACGGCGCACCGUGUUGGAUCACGGGAUGGGGGUCGGUCCAGGAAGGAGGUUUUGGGUCGGAUGAGCUCAGGCAAGCUCAGGUGAAGGUCAUCGCCGAGUCAAUCUGCCGCCAGCCGAGCGUCUACGGCGUCCACGUGACACCUCGGAUGAUCUGCGCCGGCUCCUUGAAGGGAGGGGUGGACUCCUGCCAGGGCGACAGUGGGGGUCCUCUGGUGUGCGAGACAGCCCGGGGUGAGUGGAGGCUGGCGGGGGUGGUGAGCUGGGGCGAGGGUUGUGGACGGCGCAAUAAGCCCGGCGUGUACAGCCGAGUCACACGACUGAUUGACUGGCUUGGACGAUAUGUCGAGGUACUGUGAAUUUCCGCAUAUUUGCAGUUUGGCACAUUGUUGUUAUUUUGCUGCCGGAGUGGAAUUGUUACUCUGGCACCCUCUAGUGGUCGGUUUCGGUGAAGUUCGUUCUGUAAGGUAAAUAAGAUCCCUGAAAUGCAAAGAUACGGAUUUUCUUCUUCUUCUUUUUAGACUUAGAAGAGUCCACUACAACAACUAGGAAUGACACCUCAUCACAACUGGACCGAGACACCAAUGGCAUUUAUUUUCUAAUUGAAAUCCUAAUAAAAGGGAGUCUUCUUUCUUUCAUUUUAUUCCA